AAUAUAUAUAGGGCAUGGAUGGAGGGAGGGAUGAAGCAGAUCGAUCGAGGUCGAGCUUGACUGACCAUUGUUAGCUAGCUAGGCACAGUAGGUACAGUGAUCUUCAACUCCAGCAGCAGGGGGAGGACGAUGGCGACCAAGGUGGCCAUGGCUGUGCUCCUCGUGUCUGCAGCUCUCUGCGCCGUCCGUUCGGCGGGCGUGGUCACCACCGGCGAGCCCGUGGUGGCCGGCCUCUCCUGGGGGUUCUACGACACGCUGUGCCCGCCGGUGGAGGGCAUCGUGCGGUGGCACGUCGCGGAGGCCCUCCGGCGUGACAUCGGCAUCGCCGCCGGCCUCGUCCGCAUCUUCUUCCACGACUGCUUCCCGCAGGGGUGCGACGCGUCGGUGCUCCUGACGGGGGCCCAGAGCGAGCAGAACGAGAUACCCAACCAGACGCUGCGGCCGUCGGCGCUGAAGCUCAUCGACGACAUCCGCGCCGCCGUGCACGCCGCCUGCGGCCCCAAGGUGUCCUGCGCCGACAUCACCACGCUCGCCACGCGUGACGCCGUCGUCGCCUCCGGCGGGCCCUACUUCGACGUGCCGCUGGGGCGGCGCGACGGGACAGCGCCGGCGUCGAGCGACAAGGUGGGGCUCCUGCCGGCGCCCUUCUUCACGGUGCCGGAGCUGAUAAAGUCGUUCAAGGACCGGAAGCUGGACAAGACGGACCUGGUGGCGCUGUCGGGGGCGCACACCAUCGGCCAAGGCCACUGCCCCUCCUUCAGCGACCGCUUCGACGGGUCCAAGCCGGUGAUGGAGCCGAAGCUGCUGCAGAAGCUGCAGGCCAAGUGCGCCAAGGACACGCCGCCGGGGACGGUGGCGCAGGAGCUGGACGUCAGGACGCCCAACGUCUUCGACAACAAGUACUACUUCGACCUCAUCGCCAGGCAGGGGCUGUUCAAGUCCGACCAGGGCCUCAUCGACGACGGCGACACCAACCGCACCGCCAUCCGCUUCUCCCUCAACCAGCCCGCCUUCUUCGACCAGUUCGCCCGCUCCAUGGUCAAGAUGAGCCAGAUGGACGUCCUCACCGGCAACGCCGGCGAGAUCCGCGCCAACUGCGCCCGGCCCAACGCCCGCUCCUCCGCCGACAUCCUCACCGCCGCCGGCGACGACCAAGGCUUCGCCGCCGACGCGUAGCUAGCUUAAUUGUCUCUGUGCUUAGUUGUUGUGUGUGCUAAUAAGAAAGCUCAGAUGCAAUCGAUGUUUUUGCUGCUUCAUAAAAAGCUCA